AUGGGUGCAAAUACUUCAUGUAAAGGAAAACAAGAUGACAAACCAAUCGCAAUUGCUAUUCUUGGCUUAGACAACGCUGGCAAAACUACAACAGUUAAAGUUCUCGAAGGAAAACCCAGUGACUCUGUGCCUCCAACUGUUGGUUAUCAGCGGUCUAAAAUUACUCAUAAGAAUUUGACAAUAAAUUUAGUUGAUUUAGGCGGGGGAAAAGGAUUCCGCAACGCUUGGCGACAUUACUACGAUGACUCAUACGGAUUCAUUUAUGUUGUUGAUUCAAGUGAAAUACAACGAAUUGAUGAGAAUCGAUCUGAAUUAGAAAAACUACUACAGGAAGAGAAAGUCAAAGGCAAACCAGUGCUGAUAUUAGCAAACAAACAAGAUUUACCCGAUGCUUUGGAAGAAAAUGAUAUUUUGCGCAAGCUCAAUAUUGAAAAACUAGUCAAUCAGAAUAAAACCUUAUGCAGAGUGGAGUUAUGCACAGCUAGAUCUCUCGCUCAAGGAAAAAAAAUGGAUGAAUCAGUUAAACAUGGUUUUGACUGGUUGAUUAAAACAAUCUAUGAUCGAUAUGAAGACUUACAUAGAAGAGUAGGCAUCGACGUUCAAAAAAGACAAGAAAAUGAAGAAAAAGAGAAAAAAGAACGAGCAGAACGAGUACAGAAAAUUCGAGAAGAACGUGCGAAAGAAAAGGGCGAAGGGCCGGAAGAUGAUGAUAGUACUUUUGAUAAAGCAAAAGAUCCGUAUGUUCCAAUACAUCAAGCCGUUAAAAACGCUGAAAAUCCAUUAGGUAAACCUCCAACAGGUCGUUCGAACAAACUCGAUCCACUCAUAGCAAAAUCCAAUGGUCAUUCUACUCGUCAAAUAACAAAUAGUGAACGAAAACUAAGUGCUGAACAUGCUACUAUCCGUGAUCGACGUCAUAGUUCAAAUUUAGAUUUGUCUGAUAAUGAAAAACAACAGCAACACGAUGUCAUGUCAAAACAUUUUAGUGAAGAAGAACUCGACAACUUUCGUCAAUGUUUCCAGUUAUUUGCGCCACAAGGUUAUGUUGAUACACCUGAUAAAUUGAGUUUUAUUAUGCGAUCAUUAAAAAUGGCACCGACCAUUGUGGAAUUAAAACGAUAUUUUCAUAAAUAUAAAAAAGAUUCAAAUAUUGUUGAAUUUGAUGAUUUGUUAAAAAUUGUCCUUGAACAUCGUUCUGUUGAAAAAUCCGCUCAAGAAAUAUUACAAGCAUUUCAAAAUUAUGAUCAACAACGAUAUGGUUAUAUUGAUACAAAAGAAUUACGUCGAAUUUUAACGCAAACUGGAGAAAAAUUAACAGAUAAAGAUGUUGAUCUUAUGUUACGUGAACUCAAUGUUGGUAAUGAUGGUCGAGUAUUUUACGAGAAUCUGGUUCAAAUGUUAACGCAACCGUUGCCAACUCGACGAUAA